CUCAGCUGCGCUCGCAGCUCGAGCCCUGCCCUCUAGGCCCGCCUAGGCCGCGGGGCGAGAGCAUGAGGGCCAAGCGCGCUGAGACCCCACCCUGUUAGCACCUGUGUUGCCCGGCCCCUACUCCCAACCUUGGGGGGCGAGGGCCGCGUAGUCCCAGCAGGCAGCGGGCCGCCACGGCUUCCCACCGACCCGAGCGCUGGGAGGGAGUGGGCGCCGAGAGGGGGCGGCUUGAGGGUGCGCGGAGAGAGCUGUUCACUCGCAGGCACUCGGCGCCGCUGUGGAUGUGGCCACGCACCGCUCAGCCCGUGGGUUCUCUGAGCGCGAGGUCCGACGCCGCCACGCUGCAGGCGGUCCGGGCCCCCGGAAUCCCAGCGCCCACGGCUGCGACAAUGCUCGUGACCUCCACUGCGAAGUCACGGCCGCACGGCGACGAGAAGACCUCAGUGAGCCGUGGUGCCAGGCACCCGUCCCUAUCCAGCCUGAUGUGACUCUCCUCUGCUGCUUGCUCUCUUCCUUCGCUCUCCUAGGACUAGCAGCGGAGGCGGCCGCAAAGCUGAGGCUCUUGCCCUACUGGGCAAGUUUGGGCGACCCGUGCUGAGGAGUGGUCAGGCUGGUCCGCCACCGCCAAGCUCAUCCCGGACCCGGUGCGUUUGCCACAGCACUCGCCCCCCUCUGGCGGGAGAAAUGUAGAGAAGUCGGGGGUAGCCGUGUUGGGAGCUGACUAGCCCUAAAACGCUGGACGCUGCUGCCGCGAAAUGGGGAGCAAAGUGCUUGGGGGACUAAGUGCGGCCUCAGAGAUGCCGGGGAAGCGGUUCUCGAGGCCGAAGCGCGGCGCAGACGCGGCCGAGCUGGAAGUGUCUGCUCUGCGGGUCGGUGCCGUCGCCACCUAGGCGAGGGGCUGAGGGCGCAGCUCGGUAGCUCGCUCGCACAGCUCGUGGCCCCGCAGAGCCUUUUCAGUCGUUCGGCUCGCGCCGCACUGGCCGGAGGAAAGUUCCCGCGGCCCCCGCCCGCUUCACAGCUGCUGUGCCCUCGUUGCUUUUGGCUCUGCAAGAGUCCACUUCAGUCCGGAGAGGCGCUCGGGCCGUCAGAGCUGCAGGAGCUACCCGCCGCACCUGGUCCUCGUCCCUCCCCCGCUUCCGGCCGUGAGGAGCCCUCCCCCGCCCCCUCGUUCCCCUCCCCCAAACUACAGCCAGAGCUAGCUCCUGCGCGCACGCUCUCCCGGCCCCAAGAGAAUAGUCCUCGCGCGAGCGGGACACGGCGGUGGAUGCAAUUCCGCUCGCCUACAGCCGCCAGGAGCUCCCUGGCGCCUCAGGCAGCGUCCUCCUCCGAAGCAGCUGCGCCUGCCCCUGGGCAGCCUGGACCUUCGUGCCCUGCCCCCGGGGCCUCGCGCGGGGGGCGCCCCGGGACACCCUCUGUGGGCCGGGUGGAGGAGGAAGAGGAGGAGGAAGAAGACGUGGACCGGGACCCGUACCCUACGCGGAACACCUGGCUGCGCUGCUGCCACUUCUCUUUAAGGGGGAGAAGAGAGCCGGGGAGAGCCAUGGGGGGCAGCGAAGUCCGGGAAUUUCUUUUGCAAUUUGGUUUCUUCUUGCCUCUGCUGACAGCUUGGCCGGGCGACUGCAGUCACGUCUCCAACAACCAAGUUGUGUUGCUUGAUACAACAACUGUGCUGGGAGAGCUAGGAUGGAAAACAUAUCCAUUAAAUGGGUGGGAUGCCAUCACUGAAAUGGAUGAACAUAAUAGGCCCAUUCACACAUACCAGGUAUGUAAUGUGAUGGAACCAAACCAAAACAACUGGCUUCGUACAAACUGGAUCUCCCGUGAUGCAGCUCAGAAAAUUUAUGUGGAAAUGAAGUUCACACUGAGGGAUUGUAACAGCAUCCCAUGGGUCUUGGGGACUUGCAAAGAAACAUUUAAUCUAUAUUAUGUGGAAUCAGAUGAGUCCCAUGGAAUUAAAUUCAAGCCAAGCCAGUAUACAAAGAUUGACACAAUUGCUGCUGAUGAAAGUUUUACCCAGAUGGAUUUGGGUGAUCGCAUCCUCAAACUCAACACUGAAAUUCGUGAGGUGGGGCCUGUAGAAAGGAAGGGAUUUUAUCUGGCUUUCCAAGACAUUGGGGCAUGCAUUGCCCUAGUUUCGGUCCGUGUUUUCUACAAAAAGUGCCCCUUUACUGUUCGUAAUCUGGCCAUGUUUCCAGACACUAUCCCAAGAGUUGAUUCUUCCUCCUUGGUUGAAGUAAGGGGCUCUUGUGUGAAGAGUGCGGAAGAGCGUGACACUCCUAAACUGUAUUGUGGAGCUGAUGGAGAUUGGCUGGUUCCUCUUGGAAGGUGUAUCUGCAGUACAGGAUAUGAAGAAAUUGAAGAUUCUUGCCACGCUUGCAGACCAGGAUUCUAUAAAGCAUUUGCUGGCAACACAAAAUGUUCUAAAUGUCCUCCACACAGUUUAACCUAUAUGGAAGCAACUUCUGUCUGUCAGUGUGAAAAGGGUUACUUUCGAGCUGAACAAGACCCACCUUCCAUGGCAUGUACCAGGCCACCUUCAGCUCCUAGGAAUGUGGUUUUUAACAUCAAUGAAACGGCCCUUAUUUUGGAAUGGAGCCCACCAAGUGACACAGGAGGGAGAAAAGAUCUCACAUACAGUGUAAUCUGUAAGAAAUGUGGCUUAGACACCAGCCAGUGUGAGGACUGUGGUGGAGGACUCCGCUUCAUCCCAAGACAUACUGGCCUGAUCAACAAUUCCGUGAUAGUACUUGACUUUGUGCCUCACGUGAAUUACACCUUUGAAAUAGAAGCCAUGAAUGGAGUUUCUGAGUUGAGUUUUUCUCCCAAGCCAUUCACAGCUAUUACAGUGACCACGAAUCAAGAUGAAUCCACAGGUAUAAACAGAAGAAAGGGAGCUGCCUUGAGGAAAACUCUCUUGGAAAGUAAAGAGUUCCUGUUACCCUCAACACCUUCCCUGAUAGGUAUGGUAAGGAAGGACUGGGCAUCCCAAAAUAGCAUUGCCAUAUCAUGGCAAGCACCUGCUUUUUCCAAUGGACCCAUACUGGACUACGAGAUCAAGUACUAUGAGAAAGUCUACCCACGGAUAGCGCCGGCAUUUUGGCACUACCUGCGGGUAGAAGACCAUGAGCAGCAGCUCUCCUAUUCCUCCACGAGGUCCAAGGCCCCCAGUGCCAUCAUCACAGGUCUCAAGCCAGCCACCAAGUACAUUUUUCAUAUCCGAGUGAGGACUGCAACAGGGUACAGUGGAUACAGUCAGAAGUUUGAGUUUGAAACAGGAGAUGAAACUUCUGACAUGGCGGCGGAACAGGGGCAGAUUCUCGUGAUAGCCACCGCGGCUGUGGGAGGAUUCACUCUCCUCGUCAUUCUUACUUUGUUCUUCUUAAUCACUGGAAGAUGUCAAUGGUAUAUAAAGGCCAAAAUGAAGUCAGAAGAGAAGAGAAGAAAGGACUUACAGAAUGGGCAUUUACACUUCCCAGGAAUUAAAACUUACAUAGAUCCAGAUACAUAUGAAGACCCAUCCCUAGCAGUCCAUGAAUUUGCAAAGGAGAUCGAUCCCUCAAGAAUACGCAUUGAGAGAGUCAUUGGGGCAGGUGAAUUUGGAGAAGUCUGUAGUGGGCGUUUGAAAACACCAGGGAAAAGAGAGAUCCCAGUUGCCAUCAAAACUUUGAAAGGUGGCCACAUGGAUCGGCAAAGAAGAGAUUUUUUAAGAGAAGCAAGUAUCAUGGGUCAGUUUGACCACCCAAAUAUCAUUCGAUUAGAAGGUGUUGUCACAAAAAGAUCCUUCCCGGCCAUUGGGGUGGAAACGUUUUGCCCCAGCUUCCUGAGGGCAGGGUUUUUAAAUAGCCUCCAGGCCCCGCAUCCAGUGCCAGGGAGAGGAUCUUUGCCCCCCAGGAUUCCUGCUGGCAGGCCAGUAAUGAUUGUGGUGGAAUAUAUGGAGAAUGGAUCCCUAGACUCCUUUUUACGGAAACAUGAUGGCCACUUCACAGUCAUCCAGUUGGUUGGUAUGCUCCGAGGCAUUGCAUCAGGAAUGAAGUACCUUUCUGAUAUGGGUUAUGUUCACCGAGAUCUAGCAGCUAGGAAUAUAUUGGUCAACAGCAACUUAGUAUGCAAAGUUUCUGAUUUUGGUCUCUCCCGAGUGCUGGAAGAUGAUCCAGAAGCUGCUUAUACAACAACUGGUGGGAAAAUACCCAUAAGGUGGACAGCCCCAGAAGCUAUUGCCUACAGAAAAUUCUCCUCGGCAAGUGAUGCAUGGAGCUAUGGCAUUGUCAUGUGGGAGGUCAUGUCCUAUGGAGAGAGACCUUACUGGGAAAUGUCUAACCAAGACGUCAUUCUGUCCAUUGAAGAAGGUUACAGACUUCCGGCUCCCAUGGGCUGUCCAGCAUCUCUACACCAGCUGAUGCUCCAUUGCUGGCAGAAGGAGAGAAAUCACAGACCAAAAUUUACUGACAUUGUCAGCUUCCUUGACAAGCUGAUCCGCAAUCCCAGUGCCCUUCACACCCUGGUAGAGGACAUCCUUGUGGUCAACGGACUCCACAGCCAGUGCCCGUCAACAGAGCUCUCUGACUGUUCUAUGGCUGUAGACGCAGGCAGAAUGCCAGAUUCUCCUGGUGAAGUUCCCGAAUAUCCUUUGUUUGUGACGGUCGGUGACUGGCUAGAUUCUAUAAAGAUGGGGCAAUAUAAGAAUAACUUCAUGGCAGCAGGGUUUACAACGUUUGACCUCAUUUCAAGAAUGAGCAUUGAUGAUAUUAGAAGAAUUGGAGUCAUACUCAUUGGACACCAGAGACGAAUAGUCAGCAGUAUACAGACUUUACGUUUACACAUGAUGCACAUACAGGAGAAGGGAUUUCAUGUAUGAAAGUACUACAAGCACCUGUGUUUUGUGCCUCAGCAUUUCUAAAAUGAAAGAUAUCCUCUCUACUACCCUCUCUUCUGAUUCUCCAAACAUCACUUCACAAACUGCAGUCUCCUGGCAGACUAUGGGCACACACCCUUUGUUUAUGCUUCCAACCUGGACUUAAAAAUCACUCAUCAUACCUCCUCUCUGAAUAACCUGCAAAUAAAACCCUGGCCCACUGCAGAUUAUCAUUACACAAUGGUAAAUAACUCAGCAUGGAUGCGUAACUUUGUAUAAUUGUAUUUCGGAAGUGUUCAAGGACUUAACCCAAAGGAUUUGGGGGUAAUGAUGUAUUUAGAGUUUGAUGGUAGAUUAAAAAGAAAGAGUUGACCUUGCUUUCAUGUUUUGUGAUUGAGUAGCUUCCAAACUGACAUGAAUAUUUAUUUUUUAGAUAAUUAUAUUCAACUCUGUGCGUCAUAUCGUUAACUCUAUCCUACAAUACUUUACCUGUCGAAGCCUGACGUUGUUAGAAUUAUUUGCAGAAAAGACCAAUGAUUUCAUGUAGUGAAUUCUUGUCAAGUGUGACUGGGGUGAGAAGGAAGUUAUCAGGGAGAGUGAGGGAGAAACAUACUAUGCUUUUAAAACUUCUUAAGUCUUGGUUUGUCAUUUUUUAAAAUUAACUUUAUAGUGUCCUACAUAUUUCGUAGUAGGUGGCAGUUUAGAGGCAGGCUUUCCCCUCUAAUUUUUUACUAACUAUAGUAUAUUUCUCUACUGUGUUAUGAAGAUCACCCCUGGAAGGACCAAGAGUGAGUCCAUUGCUCUAAAGGCUAUAAAUAGAGUGAAGCAUGGAAUAAUCCAUGACUGUUUCCUUGGUUCAUCUUCACAAGUUUGCAAGAGGAAUUAUCAAAGCAUUAAGAAAAUUAUUCUCAGCAGAAUUGCUUUGAAUAAAAGAUCUACGAUUAUAGCCUUAGAUUAAACAUAAAAAGAUUUUAAUUUAAACAGAAUUUUAUGAUAGUUACAUGGUGGCCCAAGAAAAUAAACACAUCGAACUGUCUAAUAUUGGUACAUUUUGCAAGUUUAAGAAUUUUUAUGUUUUGUUUGUAAAAAUAAGUUACACGAACAUGCUGAGCUGUUUUCCAAACCUUCCAAGAGACAAGUAUGCCGCUGCAUACACCAAAGAGGGUAUAAACGGAUCUAGCACAUGAGCAUAAAGGAAUUGUGUGUAACCUGAGUCCUUGAUACAGUAACAUAAAAAUGUAAACACAGCUAAGGUGUGUUGUUGCCAUAAUCUUCUGGAGGCUGCAAAAACAGGCAAAUAUACUUUUCAUUGAAUUAAGCUGAGUCAGCUUAUCAAAACAGUAAUGUCGUAUGAACAAAUUCAAUUAUAAAAUCAGCUGUUCCCUGUGAAACUAUAAAAAUAACUGCUGUGCUAGGUGGAAGAGUAGUGAGAAUGUCUUAAGAGAAAAAGAAGAGCAGGUUGUCUGAAGAUGCUGAUUUCAUAUAAAAAUGAAGUUUUAUUUGAUCUCGCAGAUAAAGGUACCCUACCCACAUCCUCAAAUUCCUACCUAAAUUACAUUUUUUGGUGAUAGUAGUUUUCUUGCUAUAAAAGGAGUCUUGAUUUUUUUUUCCUAUUUUAAGAUUUUUUGAUUGUCCCAUUAGACUAGACCCUUCCACAUAUUUUCUUUUGUUGAUUUAUCUUCUGAUUUUUGCCUCCCACAGCUAAAAUUUUCUCAUUUCAAAAGAAACAGAGAGAGCUAGAAGGAAGAGUCUUUAAAGUAUUCCUUAAAGUACAAUAAAAAAGAAAAAAGUGGGAAAUCCAUCACUUUUUAAGUAAGUGUGUCAGAAAUAGCUAGCAACAUUUUCCAGCCAUCACCUGCAUGGUCAUGCAUCACUCACAGACUGUCUGCAGUUUGCUUGUUACAUUUACACAAAUCUGGAUGCAUUUAGAGGAAAUAUAAAAUUUCCGUAUUUACCUAUCUUCAAAUAUAUAUUAAAUAAGAACAGAUGUAAAGGAGAUUAAAUUUAUUAAUUAUAUAUAUUUAUUUUUAUAAUACAACAAAAACAUAUUUAGAAAAUAAGGAAUAGAAUAAUUAUGGUCUUCCAUAGGACUCUGUCAGCAACAUCUGUAUACUUUGAUGAAAUAAAUUCUAUAAAGUAUUUAAACUUCUAUGGGAUGGGCAUUCAGUGCUUGCAAGAUUUAAAUUCUCUGUUAAGAAUUUUUUUCUUCAAAAAUCCAAUGAUCCUAUUCUAUAUCUGGUUAAUUCAUAGUUUUUUUUCCUUCCCAAACAUCUUUCUGUAGUAUUAUAAAACUGCCUUUUCACUUUGUCUCUUACCCCCAAUCCUCUUUAAAAUUUACAUUUAUAUUACAUUUAUAUUUUUUGCUACUGUAAGCAUGAUAAUCUUCAGUGUAAAUUUGAACCUCAUCAUGGUCAGAACAAGGUAUGCAAGAUUAAACAGAAACAUUAAAAAAUAAGUAUAUCUAUUUCUUUACUGCCUACCAAUCACGAUUUGAAAAUUUUACAUGAAAUAGUUUGAGAUUUACUAGUGCACAUAUUCAGUAAUUAAAGCUGUUUAAUAUUCAUAACAUAGAACGUAAUGAUAGAAAGAAAAUGAGUAACUUCCAUAAAUCACAAGCCUCCAAAAAUAAUCUUUAAUAACUAAAAUAUGCAUAUAUAGUCAUGUACCUGCUUUAUUUUAAAUUUCCUAGUCUAUACUACUGAGGGGCUUUUUAGAUUUUGAAAAUCAGACAGCUGAAGGAACCAUUUUUUAAAAUUUUCUACGUGGUCAGUUUCCAGCCUAUAGUCAACUCAUUAUCUCAUAGUAUAUAUAAGACAUAACUGGGAAAAAAUGUAAAAACAAUGUACAACCAAGAAGAGAGAUUAAGUAUGUAAAUCAUUACACUAAAAAAGCCAUCAGAAGUUGCAAAGCUCUUGGUUUAACAAAAAUCAAGAAUUACAGCACUUUUGCACUGAGUUAUAACUUGAUAAAUAAGUUAUGCAUGCCAUAAUCAAGAAGGAUUUCUUAUUUCACUCUGUAUUACUCUUUAAAAUCUAUCCAACUAAAUACCUGAAAAAAAAAAUUUUCCAGCCACAGCUUUAAGGCCCAACUCAGCGCAUGCAUGGAAAACAAAUCCAAAUUUAAUCCUUGAAAAGCAGUCUUUAUAGGAGGUCUUCGGAAGAUGUGGUGAAGAAUGAAUUACAUUACCUAUCUCCCAACCACAAUUUUCUUAAAAAGCCAUUUUUAUGUCUUUCCCUACCAAAUUUCUACUCUGUAAAGCAGUCAGUUAAAUCUCUUAUCUCAAAAUGUUCACCAAUACUAGGUGUUUUGGGUCCUACCACAUAAAUGGGAGCAUUUAUACAUACAGAGGGUAUGAAUUCUGGCUUUUCAUUAACUGGAAAUUAAGUGCUUUGGAAAAUAAUUUCAAAAUGGAUGAAGAUGGUCCUUUCCUACUGCUUUAGCUAGGGAAAUGUGUUAUAAAUUUAAAAGAAAUAAAUAUUUUAUGAAUCAAAAACUGUUAUCAACUCACAGUUGUCGUACAUGUCUUUAUAUAACAAAGAGAUUAGAAGAAGAUAUAAUCACUUCUUUUAGAAUCAUCAACUUAACUUUUCCAAGUUCAAAUUCCAUUAAGUAUCAAAGACUCAUAUUAACUUUCGAUCCAAAAAUAUUUUAGUGCUUUUUAUAUGAAGACUCCAAAAGGUAGAGGAGCACACUGUGUCAAAUUGAUGGUAUUCUUCCAUUAGAGCACUGGGCACUGAAGUCAUCCAGCUUUUGGUUUUUAUGAUCAACAUUUUCAACAGAUUUUCAAUUUUUUAUAAUAAUGUUCAAUACAGGUAGUGUAAACUUUAGUUCAUUUUAACAAAUAUCUAUAAGGUGUCUCCUACAUGCAUAAAAUUUUAUGGCAAAGAUGAGUUUGACUGUAGUGUCCUUACGUUCAAGUAACUCUUAAGCUUAAAACUUAGAGGUUAGAGCCUAUUUGCUAUGUUUGCUGUGAUUGCCAUGUCACUAAGGGUUAGUUCUUUCCACAGAACAAAAAUACAUUGAAUAAAUAAAACCUUGUCCAGUGUGAAAUAAAACCUUGUAAAAAAAAAAAACCUUGUCCUAUGGAAAGAAAUAUGUUGGACCUCAAAUUUUCCAUAGAACACUCCACACUUCCUCUGGCAGAAGGGAGCACACUUGCUGGAUUCUCUAAGAGAAUCUCUCUGUUAACAGCUGAUCCUCCUCAGGAGUCACAUACUUCUAUUGUCCAGUGGCAUACUUUUCAGUUCAGGUGUAGGCUCACUACCUCAAAGGUACUUCCAGUUAGAAAACAUCAGCCAUUUUUCAAAAACGAUUCUGGGGUAAUCUCUUGCCCAAGCCAAUUCACUGGCCUUAGUAAAUGUAAUAAUGAGUAUACAGCUGAAAUGUUUGCAUAAAAUUCUUUUAAACAUGAUAUAUUUAACAAAGGAAAGAGAUGAUUACUCAUGACCAGAGCACAUUUAUUACUAGAUGAAAUAAAGGAAAAGAAAAAUCUUAUAUUCCAGAAGAAUAAAUACCCCAUCUUUCUCUUACUAUUCCCUUAAAAAGAUAAGUAUUAGACAAGGGUUUCGAAGAUUUAUGAGGAUAAAAUGUAUUUUUUUUUGUUAUAAGAGGAUGUGACGUGAUAUACGUGUCUCCUGGGGGAAAAAGAUCCAGAAGAAGAUCCAAGUCAUCAAAAUGUAAUUUUAACUAAUCCUCUUUCAUCUGACUAAUAAUUAUAUCCAAUUUCAAAUUAAUGAUGGAUUUAAAUAAAAUGUUUAAAAAAGCAUAUUUACAUCUUAAUUGGAAGACUUAGGUUCUUUGCUCUUAAUUCAAAAGAAGUUAACAAAAACCUGGUUGGCAUUGGCUUUUUUGCCAUAUUAGAAUAGAUUUAAAAGUCUAUUUUAGCUUAUCAGUAUUGAUUCAAAAUUAUUGUAUUUAAAAGUGAUACAAAAAAAUUAAAAGUAAACUUUUCAAGUACUAUGGAUAGCAAAGCACUACUAAAAAAUUAACUUCAUCUUUUGGAAAAGAAUCUGGCAAAUACAAAGUGUUGUAUUUCUCUUAAUGCUACCAAGUCACCUCCAUUUUAUUACACUUUUGCACUUAUCCAUUGAAAGCAAAGUUUCUUGCUAAACAAAAUAAAGAAGGUUCUUACUUGAAUUUCCACACUAGUUUAUCAGAAUACCAAAUCUCUAUAUUCUUAAGGGAAUUUUUUAUUUAUUUCAUUUAAAGGGGAAGAUCUCAAAGAAGAAUUCCACUACCUUUUAAACCUAUUUCAUCUUAAGAAUAUAAAAAGCGACGAAAGAUCUCUUUUAAAUGUAAUGAUAUAAAGAUGUGGUAUCUACUUUCGAUUAGGAAAUAAAGUACAGAUUAACAACACAAUUUCCUGGGAGUUGUAGAAAAGUACCAGAAUUAGUGAAAAUCUCCUCUCAAGUAAAGCUCUGUUCUCAUCCAUAUUCCUCCAUUAUUUGUAACCUCUGGCUAAUCUUUAAUUUGUCAUGAUAAACUUACUGUUGGUUAAGAUAAUGUUAUCAACUCAAACUGUAAAUCAGAACAACUGAGAUGUGACUUUAAGGUGUUCAACAAAAUAAUAAAAGGACAACCCUACUUCAGGAUUCUAAUUUAGUUAGCAUCAGAGUCUCCAUUUCAUUAGAGAGAGAUUGAAGGGAGAACUGUCUUUAUUCCAAAAUAAUAUAUUAUUUUAAAGAAAACUCCAAGGACAGGAGAACCUUCAUUUUUCAUAUAUCUAAAUCAAAUUUUAUAUUUAGUUAGGCAUUAUUAACUUUGAAGAUAAAUGUCCUUGUUUUCAUUGGUUAAAUAUGAGCUUUCAUGGCAAGCAAUAUUGAUGUGAACAUUACUAUACAGGUUUUUCUAUGUUUAUAGAUCAUCAUCCUUAGAACAGUCUUAAUUUGCCUUUGUUCUUGAAAGACCAAAUAUCAUUUAACUUUUUGAAAUCCUGAUAGAUGGAGUGAACAGUGCUAAAUCAUAAAGAUGAAUAAACAAUACACUUUCAAGAUUUUUACCUAAUUUAAAUUGUCCUCUUCUAUUGCUUUUAUAAUAAAUUAAAAGUCUCUCUUCCACAUUUAGUAAUUUGUAGAAUGAUAUCUAUGCAUUUAGAUAGAAAUUGUUUUUCUAAAAUUUUCACGUAAACACAUCUUCACUCAGAGAGAAGCCAGAAUAUAAUUAAUUAUAUUAGUUCAUUUUUCAAAGUAGUAACUAUGCUCUUUUUAGAAUUAUUUACCCAGUAUUAUCAUUUUUUAAGUUGUAAUGAAGUUUUUACUUAACUGUGCAUGUUUUAUUUAUUGCCACAUAGUAAUGCUUAAAUAAAUCUGCUUAAAAUUGUUGUCUUUAGAAGCUCUAUGACAAAAUUAAUGACCACUCAUUUGAUAACAGACUUGUAACUGAACAAGCUAUUUUAUGUUGAUGUGAUUGAUGUGAGCAUUGUUAAAACCAAUUUGUUUGAAAAUCCAUUGGUAUUUUAUCUGGAGCUAUUAUUGCAAUAUCUUCAAGAGUAUCUUUAAAAUAAUAGUGACAAUAUAAUAAUAAUAUUCGUGGACAAUAUAAAAAUAAACAGUGACUGAGGCUUUUUAAAAUUUCUGCGCUGCUUGGAAAAUAAGGUUUAACUUGCAUAAAUGUUUGUCAUGGAGGUUUUUAAUUUGCUUUAAUGGAUGUUGUUCUCCCUAUGCCAUAUGUAUGUAUUUAAAGAAAAUUGUAUUAAUAUAUUUAUACAAUGCAAAAAUCUCAUUUUCUUCCUACAGAUAUGGAGUUUUGAUAUAAUUUUAGGUGUUUUAGGCCUCCAAGAGAAAAAAAUCAAAAUGUGAGAUGGGAGCAUUUUUGUUUUUGGUGGGGCACAAUACCUGAGCGUUCCUAACAAACAUGAAUAUGGGUAACACUGGACUUUAAAGAUUACUAUAUGUGCUUUAUUUAUGAUACAUUAUUAAUGAUUUUGUUAAUCAUACUUCAUCAUUAGGUUGUGUCCUUGGAAAUUUGAAUAACUUUGCACAUUUUUCACAAACUAUACUUAGGUUUAAUUUUGUAUGCAGUAUAAACUUUGACAGCUUAAUUUUGACUUUUGAUGGAAUAAUUGUUAAUUAACAAGUCUAUGUUUCCUAAGAUGUUAGUUAUACCUUCUAAAAUAACCUUAUUUUUUAAAAAAUCACAGGCAGAGCAUGAAUGCAGAACAUGAAAAUGGACCAAGUUCCAUUAAAACUGAGGAAAAGGCAAAAAGGUAAUAUAAAGUGGAGUUUGUGUUAAAACUAUUAAUUACCUCAUUAAAAAUAACAAAAAAUUAAUAGAAAACUGUCUGAAAAUUAUGUCAUGUUACUCUUACUGGUAAUUUUGAAGCUAAAAUGCAUUUUGAGGAUGAGAAUCUCUAAUAUAAAUAAGCCCACUGAUAUUUGUUAAAAUAUAUAUUGCUAUAUAAAAUUAGAAAGAAAUCUUACCAAAAUAUCAAAAAUUUAAAUUUAUUUUUUAAAAGUAUAUUAACAGACUGAAUGAUCACAAUUAUUAACAUUUCCAUACUAAUAGUUCUUUUGAUUUCUAAGACAUAUAUAAUUAAGAAUUUGCCUCCCAAAAAUUGAUUAGACUGUCAAAGCACUUUAUACAUAUCACUCCUGUUAAUAAAAAGUUUUUCCUUCUGCUCUAUUAAAUGUAAAAACAGUAUAUAUAAGAUGCAGGUAAAAAUAAUUGAGUUGAAAGGGUAGUCUUUUUGAAUCAAGUUAUGCUUUUAUACAGAUACAUAAAUUUUACACAUAGUCUAAAAAAUACAGGACCUACAUAUUAGUUGUACAUUAUAUCUUAUGAUCUCUAAAUGCUUAUAUUCUUUCAAGGAGAUUGCCUUCUCUUUUCAGUUGUUUUAAGUAUUAGAAAAAAAAAAGGACUGCUUUAUAUAUUUCCAUUCAGUCUCUCUAAUAUUGCUUGUAACCUUCCAAUUCUCAGAGAAGUUGCAGCUAAAAUCCAUAACAUAGUGGUUAGAAAUUAUUAUUUUUGAAGCUACUGCUCUUAUCUAAUACUGGUCAUAUAUUCCAUGAAGUCUUCUGGAAAGAGCAAAAUCUUUUACUUUCUCAUGAAUGGAAAUACAAAAAGAAAGUCUUCCAUUAGACUUUGUAUAUUCAAAGUACUGUAGUGAACAUAUAUUUUUAUAGUUACUUUUCCACUGUUUAUUCAAUUUUUAAAUUUCACCAAAUGGGAUACUUCAAACAAAGGUAAAAGCUAUUCCAUUUUUGCAUCAAUUGCUUAUUUUCUAUGGAGUAUCCAAAAAUUCCUUUCAGGAAGCAAAACAUUCCCUUUCCCACCUCACAACUUUGAUCACUCUACCAUUAAAUGAAAUAGUUAGGUGUCUGUAUUUUAAUAUAAAGAAUAGCAACAACAAAAAAAUUAUGAUUUGUCCAGUUAAAGCUAUUUACACUAUGGGGAACAGAUAUAAUAAACAAACACAAUUAAAUCAAGUGUGUUUGCUAGUCCAAAACUGUAUAAGUCCUAAUUUUAAAAAUAGUAUAUAUACAUAUAUACUGAUUUACUUUAAAUGUAUAUUUAUCCAUAAGUCCAUUUAUUCAUUAACUAAUGCUUACUAAACAUUAUCUUGUACAAGUGUCUUAUUCUCAACACAGAGGACACAAAGCGACCAAGACAAGCAAAAGCCCCUGUCUCAUGGAAUUGACCUUCUAGUGGUAAAGACACACAAUGAAGAAGUACUGAUAAGUGCUAUGCUGAAAAUUAAAUUAAUAUUGUUACAUAGCAUGACUGUGGCUUCUUUAUAUUAAGUGGUAAAGGAAGUCUUCUCUGAGGAUGUGAUAUUUAAGCCGAUGUAUGAAAAGCAUGAAGGAACCAGUCAUGAGAAAAUCUGGGGGAAUUCCAGGCAGAAGGAAUAGUUUAAUGUGUGAGACUUUAGAGUGUUUUGAGGGUAGAGAGAACAGUGUGCUUGGUACACAGUUGAUGAGCCAAAGAGAGGCAAAAAUGAGAUGGGGGUCAAAGAACAUUUAUGAGGCUGCUACAGUAGUUUAAGCAAAAAAGAAAAAAACAAGGUGGCUUUUGUUAGAGAAGAAGUAGUGAAGAUGGAGAGAAGUGGAUGGAUGUCGGGUAUGUUUGAAGACAGGGCUUGCUAAUGGAUUGGCCCUGAGGGAUGAAGAGAGAAAAAUUGAAGAUAAAUUCUACAUUUGAAAAAUAAGAAAUGUAGUCAGUGGUGGUGCAGGAGUAGCAGGUUUGGAGGGAAAAAAAUCAGGAGUUUGGUUUUAGCCAUGUAAUGCCUGAGAUACCUGUUAGAUAUUCAAAUGGAGAUAUUGAGCAGACAGUUGUAUAUAAGAGUUCCAAGGAGCGAUCAGGGCUAGACAUCAAGAUUUAGAAGCCAUCAAUAUAUAUGUGGUAUUCAAUGUUUUUAAAUCACCUGGGAAAAGCCUGUAAGAUAGAGAAGUAGGGCUUGAUUGAGAUCCAAGGCAUGUCAAUGUAGAAGUUAGGUGGAGAAUUAGAAACCAGCAGAGGACCCUGAGGAGUGUAAGGUAACGUAGAGAACAAAAAAACCAAUUGGCCAUCUGGAUUAAAUGCUUUAAGAAGCCAAGUUUAAAGUAAAGAAAUGGCCGUUGGGCUUGGCAACAUGGAAGUUACUGACGAUUUUGAAAGGGCAGUCUCUAUGAAGUAGUGAAGUCAAAGCCUGAUUGAAGUGGAUUGAGAAGAUACUUUAGAAAAGAAGGUGGAGUCAGUAUCUAUAUACAACUCUUUCAAGGAGUUUUACCAUAAGAAAGCAAGAGGAACAGAGCAGUAGCUGAGUAGUUGGAAGUAGAUAUGGGGUCAAGAAAGGGGUGUGUGUGUGUGUGUGUGUGUGUGUGUGUGUGUUUAGAGAAAGGAUGCUAGGGAAUAUUUAUAUAUGAAUGAGAAUGAUCUGGUAGAAAGGGGAAAACUGAUUAUGCAAGAGAGAAUUUAAUUAGAAAAGGCUUUGAGAAGUAGAAGGGUUAGGAUUCAUAGCUUAAGUUGGAAGGUUAGUUUUUGACAGGAGGAGACAGAACUACAAUGGGAGGGAAGGCAGAGUGUGUAAUAUGCAGAUAGGUUGGUAGAUUUAUGGUAGAAAUGUAAGGAUGUUACUGUGUGAGUAGUCUUACUUGACCAAGAGGAAAUAAAAGUCAGUAUAAGGAGUGGGAAGCAGGUAUAGGCUGGAGAGAUGUGUAAGUAGUUGGAAAGGGGGGACACACACACACACACACACACACACAUAAACAUAUAUAUGUGCAUAUAUAAACAUAGUCAAUGGGGAUUUGUAUGUAAUACACCACAGGAAAAAGACCUAUUGUAUAAAAUAUAUUAAAGCCAUUUUACUAAAUAUUUUUGAGACAUCUUAUUUGGAAGACCUGAAACUGAAUUCUGAGCUUUUCCAAGGAUGCUGAUAACAGAGUCCCCUUUCCAUAAUGUAGAGAUUAAGUGAGGACUUCUCAAUGCCAUAGAUACUUCCCAUGUUUUGUUAUUUUUGUCUACUACAGUGUAAAAGACAGAAACAUCUUGUAGCCAUUCUAAUUCAAAGCUUAUGAAAAUUAGUUAAUGCUUAAAGAUGUGUAUUAUAUAUUCAAGCUGUCAAUUUUCUCAAAACACUAUUUUGAGAUGGUUUGAGCCCACAUCUGAAAUUAAAAUAAAUAACUAAAUAAAGGUAAUAAGGCUCUAAUCGUUUGGUAAAACAAUAUUUUAUUUUGUUUUGUUUUCAUAUAAAAACAUCUGUCGUUUAGGAGAAACACAAGGGCGAUAUUUUUUUUUUU